UUGGCGCGAAACACCAGACGUCUGAUCCCGAGCUCGACCAGCCGCGUCACUGUCAGCGCAUGCGCAUAAAACCUUCGAAGCCGCCGCUACGUGUUUGCUGUCAAAUGAAAACGUGAUUUUGCAAAUCUAGUGAAUGACCCAAGCAUUGUGACACGACUUCAAUCCCUUCUACUCUACGAAAAUCAUGACCAACAACAGCAGAAUACAUCACUACCAAAAUGUCCGGGUGGAUGAGCGUGACGAAAUCGACGAUUUAGAUGCGCACAUCGACGAAAUACUUGAUUUGGACGAGAAAGACUACAUGCAUACGCCUAUCCGCUCGAGGCGCACACAUGUCAUAGAAGUUCUGAACCGGUAUCGAUGGAUAAUCGACGGACUGCUGGUAGCUCUAAUCGUGAUGCUGUUGUUAGACCGAGACUGGGGAAAACAUGACGAAAAGAAAAGGGAGCCUCUUGAAGGGACAGGGGACGUGACUGGUUUUGCCCCUCGCUUUUCGCAGAAGAUUGUAACCUUUCAGCCGGAUCCGAUGUUCCUGCCCGAGAAUGGAUCCGAGUUCUUUACGGACGAGGUCCGCCAAAAAUGGCUCGGCAUUGUUCCCAGCGGUCUUGGCUAUCUUGACAUCAAAGAGCCGGAAAAGUAUGAAGACCUCCCCCAAAAGUUAGAAGGAUAUCAAGGCAAAUAUGUUGUCACAACUUCAAUGACGCAUCAGCUGCAUUGUCUGUAUGCAAUCGCCGAGGUGUUCAGUGCAUACAGCUCUAAUAUCAUCGAAAAAAUACCCCAAGAGUCGCCGUGGCAUUUGGCCCACUGCUUCGACUACAUUCGUCAAGCCAUCAUGUGCGCAGGGGAUGUUGCGGUGGAAGGAAAGCAAACGACAUUUCCCGAAGGUUUUGUGGGAUCAGAUGGGUGGGACGCGAAGCAUGUUUGCAAAUCGUAUGACGAAGUCCUUAAUUAUCUCAAUACGAACAGAGCGGACGACGAAGUGUGGAUCUAAGGGCUAAGCAUUAUGCUAAGGCGGGCUGCAAUCGUUGUUCUGGUUCCUCACGCCGUAUACAGACUUUACAGAACCAAGGGAGCUGUCUAGUAUACUAAAUAACGGACAGG